AGCGUUUGCAUGCCCGCGCAGGCCCGUUCAAAGGUUGUCACUCAGUCGCAGUCUCAGUCUCAGUCUCAGUCCCGACUCCCAUCUCAUCCCACACACUCUUACUCACACCCGACCCGAGCCUCACAUCCGGACCGCUGCCGUUGUUCUCACUUGCUGCCGUGUCACAGAACUCGACUCAAGGUAUCUAGUCAAGACGGAGCCUUCUUCACUCUUUGCUCGGCUUCGACUUGGCUUUAUUCAACUUCAUCCCCCCGGUCUCUCCCACACACUCCAUACAACGACACAUCCCCCAACUGCAUCGUCAUCGGCAUCAACUCUCGGUCCACGGUCGACCGUCCAAGCUCAGCAGAUUCAAGCGACGCUGAUCAUCGCCUGAACCUUCCUUUCUGUACGCUUCGAGUAUUCGACUCCCUCCUCGAGCUGGAACUACUACACUUUACUUUCCACCCUCUCUAAGCUCGAUUCCCCCUGCAGGCCUCAUCCACCGGAUUACUUCUGCUGAAAAGGCUCACCGAAGGCCUCGGCUCCUCGAGUUUGAUCACUUCCCGAGCAGCUGACGCCACCCAGGAGCCCUCCCACGUGCGACCAUCCUUCAUCAUCCUAUAGUUGUCUCAAGGCACUGCUGCUGCUGCCAGUCGACGUCACUCAGUGCAUCCUUGUGCGAGUCCCUCACUUCUCUUGCCUGCCGCCGACGCAUUCUCAAGCCGAAAGACCUCGACGCCAUCGUACCGCUCUCGCCUCCUUCUGCAGACUUCCACUUGGACAGCUCGCCAGCACCAAAGAAAUACCGCCGUUUUUGACAAGUGCUCUAUUGUCUUUGGACGACGUGAUUCCACGGGCGUUCGCCCACCAUGAAGUUCGGCAAGCAGAUCCAGAAGCGUCAGCUUGAGGUCCCUGAGUAUGCCGCGAGUUUCGUCAACUACAAGGCGCUCAAAAAGCUCAUCAAGAAACUGUCGGCUACUCCCACGCUGAACGCACAAAAUGACACUCUCCGCUCCGCAAUAUCUAUAGAUUCCCAGGCUGCUCUCCAGGCCAACAAGGCCACGUUCUUCUUCCAGCUGGAACGAGAGCUCGAAAAAGUCAACGCCUUUUACCUUCAAAAGGAGGCCGAGCUCAAAGUCCGGUUGAAGACCCUUCUCGACAAGAAGAAGGUUCUGCAGUCUCGCAAUGGGGUUUCAAGGCGGUCAGCCAAGUUCACAACCCUCGAGGAGGGCUUCCAACAGUUCGCUGGCGACCUGAACAAGCUGCAGCAGUUUGUUGAGAUCAACGGAACGGCCUUUUCCAAGAUCCUCAAAAAGUGGGACAAGACAUCAAAGUCGAAAACAAAGGAACUCUACCUGUCAAGAGCAGUCGAGGUCCAGCCCUUCUUCAACGCUACCGUCAUCAGCGAACUCUCCGACCAAGCGACGACUAGUUUGCAAGAUCUAGGUGCUUGGGCUGAGGGAGACAAUGUUAGCUUCGAGCCUCGCAGUGACCACAUCGUGAGCAGUCAGCACCUGCUCGGGACCGACGAGGGCGAUGCGGAUACUCUCCUGCUCGACACGGUCAUCUCGGGGAACCUGGAGGCGUUGAGGGACCUGCUGAUCCGCAUGAGGACCGCCGCCAGCUCAUCCUCGGGCUCGGGCUCCGACGUUUCGUUGAUGGAGAGGAUAACCCGGACGUUCCUCGCAGCAAUCCACGAGGCGCCCAAAGAGACUCUGCAGGUCCUACUCGAUACUGGUCUGGUUGACAUUCAGUCGGAGGACGACAUCAACGAGCGGAACUGCCUGCACCAGGCCGCCAUCUACGGAAACACCUUUGUUCUCGAGUACGGCCUCGCCAAGGGCGUGGCUGUCGAUCGCACCGAUGUCUACGGCAGAGUCCCGCUGCACUACGCCAGCAUGCAUGGACGCCUGGAUAUGCUCGAUGCCCUUACCAGCGCGAACCCUCAAACGAUGGAUCUGAUCGACCACGACAACUUCACACCACUAGUACACUCGAUAAUCCACGGUCACCUGCAGUGCGUUGAGCGGUUACUGGCCAAGUCCGCUCGUAUUGACCCGGUGUCGGACGCAGACCAUGUGCCGCUGAAUCUUGCGUGCGAGCACGGGUCGCUGGCAAUCGUCGAGAUGCUGCUCCAGCAUGGCGCACAGAUCGUUCCUGACGCCGAGGGGCUCUACCCUCAACACCUUGUGGCUCGGUCCGGCCAGAUGCCAGAGCUCCUGUUGCUGCUUAAGAACUUUGGCGCAGAUCUCGAUCAGAUCGACAAGUUGUAUGGAUGGACGCCCCUGGUCCACGCCGCGAGCGAAGGCAACGUCCCUUGCCUCCAGGCCCUGCUGGACGUCGGAGCGGACCCGAACAUCGUUGACGAGAAGGACCUCCCGGCGAUGUACUACGCGGCGUGGGAGGGCCAUCUAGAGUGCAUGCAAUUACUGGCUCCUUUCAACGCGAGGACCAAAGCAAGCCCCAUGAUUCUGCAGCCCGGGCUGGGGCCGAUGAUGGCCAGCAGCGGACCCGACCCGAUGGCUCUCGAUCCGGACGCCAUCCCCGAGCUCGAGCUGCCGCCGCCCAUAAUACCGCUGCGCCGCUACGGGCACAAUUUCCUCGACACCAAGACUGUCAUCCAGAUCAGCUUCGAGGAGAACGGAGACCAGCCCCUAGUGUUCUUCCACGACGGAAAGUACCCGGCCGCCCGCCUCACGAUCUCGUCCAAGGUUUCCGACCUCAUCCCGAAGAAUAUCAUGCUGCCUUUCCAAGAAGAUACCCGUAUUGUUUCGUUCCAGAUCGACAACCUCGAAUCUUUCACUCUGGACUUUGACGUUUUCCCGACCUACGGCGCAAAGAUCAUCGCCAAAACGGUGGCCCUGCCCAACACGUUUAAGGCGCUGCUCAGCAGCUCCGGCAAAUGCUGUCUACCCCUGUUCGACCCGAGGUUACGCGCAAUCGGCCAGAUAAGCUUCCACACGCAGGUCAUCAAGCCCUUCAACGGCAAGCCGCUCGAGAUCACGGACUUUGAGACGUAUUGGAAGGCCACGAGCCAGUUCGACCGGAGCCCCAGCACGUUCGUGACGGGGUCGAGUCUGUCUGGCGACUUUGUCCGCCUCUUCGUCCAGCACACCAGCGAUGGCGUGCCUGUGCUGUGGCCGAGGUGGACGAUACCGUGCGGGGGAAUCGACCUGCCCAUUUCCCGGCUGACGAUGGAGCAGUUUAACACCAUCACGUGCAAGAGCCCGAGUCGCGCCGAGCUGUCGUCGUUGCGCUCGAGACCCCUGGAUGACAUCGCCGACGUCCAUCGCGUCUUGGCGACGGCGGGUAUUCCCCUCGACGAGGCGUUGGCGCUGCUUCCGCACGGCAUGCACGUCAACAUUCAGAUUCUCUACCCGUCGCUGGAAGAGGAACGCGCCAUCGGCCUCGGCCCAUCACUGGACCUCAACACCUUUGUCGACUCCCUCCUGACCAUUGUAUUUGACCACGCCCGCGCCCAGAGGGCGCAGUCCCUCGAGUCGGUCCGCUCCGUUGUCUUCAGCUCGUACAACCCGAGCAUGUGCACGGCGAUCAACUGGAAGCAGCCCAACUUCCCCGUCUUCCUCUGCAACGACCUCGGCCGGGAGGAUGUCAUGACGCCCCCGGACGUGAUCCAGAGCCACGGCCGUAGGUCUGCCUCGAUCAAGGAGGUGGUCAGGAUUGCGCAGGGCAACAACUUUAUGGGAUUGAUCUGCUGUUCACGCCUACUCGACAUGGUCCCCGCCCUGGUGGACGCAAUCAAGUCAAACGGCCUCGCCCUUGUCACGGACAAGUCGCUGGAGCCUUCGUCGACGAAUUCCCUGACGGAUCCGUUCCCGCGGUUGCCCAAGGGGGUAGACGGCGUUCUAAAAAGUCACGGUGUUUUGCGCUUCAAUGAAUCCAUAGACGUGUAG